ACAUUGGUUUGGACCCUUUAACUAGCCAUAAACACUUUUGACAGAAUUCUGUCUUCUGCCAGAUAUUUGAUUUUUUGUUCCUUCCUUCUUUUCAUCCCCAUUCUUGUAGUGGGUCAUUAGAGCAGACAUGAUGAAGAUAUCAUCCAAUUUGGAACCAUUACAUUUCUUGACCACAAUUGUCUCCAGCCUAAUUUGAAGGACAAUUUUUGUGUGGAGUAUUUUUUGGGGGGAGACUGUUGACAGGAAGAAAGAGAUAGAGACAGAGACAGAGACUUAAAGAAAAGGGUGUAGAUUGCUAUCACAAUGGUGAUAAGUUGUUCCUCUGUGUACUGCUGUAAUAUUCUGACAAGGCGAGUUUAAAUGCUAGCGUUAUAUGAGACAACCUGCAUUCAGUUCUAGCAUUUAAACGGAGAUGAUCAGCUUUUGAUUUUUUGACUUGUUCCGAGACUGCUAGAGUUUCUCCAUUCAUUUAUAUAUACACUUGGUCUAAAUAAUUACCUAUUGGAAGGAAUUAUACUCGUAUUGUGGUGUGCGGUUCUUAAAUAGGGGGCUCUGCAUGGAUUAACAUUCAACUUGAUUUAGCCGUGACUUUCUGAUGCUCACCGGGAUUUAUAUGUGCAAAGAUUUUCUGCUUGAGAGGCAAAUUUUUCUCAGAUAAAGAAGAUGACAUCACCUCCGCAGUACCUGAUCCUCGUUUUGUGUGCAGUGGCUGGCAGAACCCAUCUCCAGGAAACAGGUUGCUCCGGAAAUGGAAAAAUUAUCAAAGAAAACCAACUAUCCACCUGUAAAGGUUCAUGGUCUGGGCAUAUAAGUAAUUCCAGUCACCUAUGCGCCCCGGGAUGGGGUGUAUGUUCACACAAGGAACAGCAUUUACUGAGUUUGAUCCAUUGGAAGCAAGCCACCACCAUCAGAGGAUGUUACGCAAUCAACGCGGCCCAAGAUGGGGGUAGAUGCAGGGAAUGUAGGGAUACUAUGGAUACGGAUGAUCUAGCUGGGAUUGGUAAAGAUUGUCCACACAGAAACGUCGGCCAGACUUCCUGUAUCCGUGGAGGCCGUAUUGACGCAAGCUGCUGUGUAGAUGCUUACUUCCAUACAGCGUGUCAUCAAACUAGUGACAUCACGGGUGUCGUCUGCUGUAAGGUCAAAGGGCAGAAACCACAGAUCUUGGUGCGACCAAGAGAAAAGUUAGUAGAGAGUGAAAGGAAUGUUUUUCUGUUGAGCUGUCAAUCAUCUGGAUCUCCCCCACCCGCUAUUCACUGGUACAGGAAUGGGAGACAGAUAACGGCCACAGGAAAAGGAAGAGUGUCCAUUAUAUCUACAGGAGAUUUACUAUUUACACUACCAAAGAAAUCCGACACAGGUCUAUACAGCUGUGAGGUUGUCAAUGAACACGGAAUGGACAUGGCAAGCACUAAAGUUGUCAUAAAAGGCUCCUAUUCCGGAUGCAGAGAUGGGUCAACGGAAGGUUUCGCCGAUCAUAAGGAUGUACAUGCCUGUAAAGGAAAGUGGGAGGGGCAUGUCAAAAAGGGACGGAGCUUGUGUCAGAGAGGGUGGCGAGUUUGUAGUCCCCGAGACCAGGCAAGCUUGAGAUACAUUUCAUGGAUAGAUAUUUUUGAUCUGCAAGGAUGCUACGCCUAUAAUGCAGAGAACACAAGAGGCAAAUGUAAAAGAUGUACCAAUGGGAAAAUGGCAGGAGUUGGUCGACAAUGUGACAGAAUGAGACACUCCAAGUCUUCAUGCCUUGCUUCGGGGAGAAUGGAUGUAUUCAAAUCAAAAGACAACAGAAAUGGCUGCUCCUACAAAGAGGGGGUCACCACAGGGGUAUUAUGCUGCCGGAAAAAGGGCCACAAACAGGUUGACAAUCAGAAGACAGCUGUUUGUGCAGCUAAAUGUGAGAAUGGAGGGACCUGUAUUAGACCCAAUGUUUGUGGGUGUCUGCCGGGCUACAAAGGGGCCACCUGUCACAUUGCAAUUUGUGAAGGGGGGUGUGGUCCAUUUGCAACAUGCGUCAAACCUGGAAGAUGCAAGUGCAAGAAAGGUUAUGUUGGCAAAAAAUGCCGCAAGAAAGUGAAACACGAAUGUCUCCGAUAUUGUAUGAAAAGUUGUCCCUCAGGAAAUUGUACCUGCCCUAAAUAUGGAAAGUCAUGUGAAAAAGUAUUAUGGACACACAGAAAUAGGUUGAAGUCAUGAAACGAGUAAAAGCAGAAAGAAGAGGGAAUUGUUGGUAUCUUUUAACCAUUCCUGUCAGAUGGAUUUGAGUGUGAAGACAUUCCAAGUGAAACACAGUCACUCAAUGUAUAACUUGGGCUAAGCACAGUACUAAGACAAAUAAAAACGCCAGUAGUCAAGAUUGGUUUAAAAAAGGACACUGCAAAAUGUGAUAUGAUACUUUUUUUCUCUAAUUGAGGGAUACCUUUCUAUAGAACUUUCACCAUCAUUGAGCUAUCUGUAACUGUCUCUAUAAAAACAGCAAAUUUAUCUAUAUUAUAUCCCCUUUAUUUAAAUAUGAAACUGAAAUGCAACAAAACAAUCAUAUACAUGUAUCAGAUUUCAGCUUAAAUCUCUUUGAUUUGUAUCGUCUACAUUUUUUUUUAUCCCACUCAUUUAUAAUAGCAGUUUUUUUCAUUGACAGUAAUGUAUUUCUCAUUAAAAACCCAAAUCAAGCAUAAUAUUCAUAUUCAUAUUUAUCAAAACACAACAGUUCACUUAGAGGCAAUCUUGAAAUAUGUAUCUACCUCAUCCAUGUAUAAAACAUCUUGUGUUUGUUUUUGAUAUUAAUGCAUAAUGUCUCCCAUACAUUUUGUUGUAUCUUAUUGAUAUAAUUUUGUCAGAAAUUCCAACUGUUGAUAUUUACUUGUUUUUUAGGUAAAGUAGAUUUAUGAGAUAGUUAGCUAAAUAUUUUUGUAAAAAGUUGAUUUUUUAAAGCAUUUACCAUAAUAUUGAAGUUCUUAUUGGCUUUACAAUACAAAAUACUGACAUAUGCAUUCUACAAAAAAAACUAUGGAAAAUAAAAAAUUUAUUGGCUUAUUGAAAUUUUUUACCAAUAUCUAUUCCAUUUAAAUAUCAAUUUAUACCAAAAAAUGAAGUCCUGUUUACAACUUAAUCAAGUUUAAAACACAUGAAGAAAAAAUAUUAUCUUUAGAGAAUGUAAAGUAAUUAACAGUGAACACACUAUGUGAAUGUUAGUAUUUUCAGUACUUUGAUUUUAAGAAUCAAAUAUUGCCAUGGUAUCAUUGUAUAUUCAUAAUUACUAUCAACCUAUAUACUGCCUUUAGAUUUGGUCAUGUUUCAUAAUUCAGCAUAAUAUUGGAAGCAGAAUAAGAGCCAGUAUAAAUCAUAGCAUUGUGAAGUUGUCAAGUUGUUGUAUCAUUUUUUGUUGUUGUUAAAGUUGUUGUUUGUUUGAAUUUCUUGGUAUUCUUGUUGUGAUAUAUAAUUGUCAUAGAAAUUGAUUUGAAUAAUAAUGAAUAUUCAUCAGUAUUGUACAAUUUUUGUAUUAAAAAAAUUGUACCUUUUGAAAUAAAAAUAGAUGUAAUAUUGUAGAUAUUACAUUUAUAU